AUGGUGAUGUGGGUUUUCGGCUACGGAUCGUUGAUAUGGAAGGCGGGAUUCCGAUACGAAGAGCGCCUCGUGGGAUUCAUCCAUGGCUACCGACGAGUAUUCUAUCAAGGCAGGCGCGAAGAAUUCACGCUGCUCGUUUUCUUCUCUUGAUUUUUUUCAUUUCUGAUAUGCGAUGCUCGUGUUGGGAAGGGCAUGUGCUUCUCCUUCUUGCUGAUUUCGCUUCUACUCUGUUUGAACGGCGGGGACGCAGGGAGCACGGACCACCGGGGGACGCCGUCAUUUCCUGGCCGGACGGUCACCUUAGAAGCCACUGCCGGUGAAGUCUGUGUAAGAUCGGAAAACUCAAUACUACCAUUUCAUGCCGAUCCCAUCAUCAAUUAUCGGCGACGCUUCUUCUACCUUUGGAUCCCGUUUUAAUGGUAGAAUCGGGAGAUCCUCCGAUCUCUGUUCAUCAUCCUAGUGGACUACGUGGGCACAGAAAUCCAUGAAAUAUUGAGGCAGUUCUUUCUCCCAAUUGGCUUAGAGUCAUACGCCACAGUUUCAGGAUGAUUUUCUCCGGUAUAAUGAACCUUCAACAGGAUUAGACGAACCGAAUGAAAAAUACUGUGAGAUGUUCUUCUUCUCUUUCUGAUAUUCUUCUCCAUCCCCCCUAAUCGCAUCCAUUUAGGCAAUAAUUUGAAUUUGUGCCGUGUGGUUCGUACUGUUCCUGAUCAAAUUUUCGUCGACAGUGCCCCAUCUAUGCGUCUGUUGCCCGCGUAUAGCCAAGAACUGGAAUGAGUGCUGCCUGCAUUAGUACUAUUCUCUCAAAUAUAUGAACAUGAUAGAAUGAAUGUUAGAUGGAAAAUGGGGGUGAGGAAUGAGCAGUCCGAUUGAAGCCAUGGAUUUCGUUGUGGCCUCUCACAGUCUGCAUCUGAAGAGCAUUUCAGAUUCGUCAACAUACCUUCUGACUUGUGUUUUUGUUUCAUCUUCCUUCUCUGUAUUUCAGUGUUCACCUCUUCUCCUCUCGCUUCUCCUUGGGCACAAUGCCUGCCUUAUCUCAUGCAUGGGAUGUAUCUUUCCCUUCAUGUUUAAAGAUUAAAUCAAACGGUGAAAAUAUUCAUCUGAAUAGAUCUGUUCCCAAGUGGGCAUGGAUGUGGAGCAACUAGAGAGAUGAAGAGGCAGCCCUUUCCGAUUGUAAGAAAAAAAAACACCAGCUAUUUUCCUUCUUUGCUUUUUUUUUUCCCCUCUCUGAUACUUGAUGAACUAGCUCAAUGAAAGUCUGAGGUGCCUUAAUAAUUGCGGAAUGUCUGGCCAUGAUGUGGAUCCAGGGAGGCAUCAAACCCAAAACCUGCAGGAAAUUCUCUGACCUGGGAGUAUCGUCUUCCUCUUUCCUUCCUUUUCCUCGCUAACCCUGCUGCAAUUCUCAAUCGGAAGAGAUUGUUUAGUUCAGUGAAUUAUAGUCGAUCAAAGCGAGCCAGAUCAAAGCUGUUAGUCGGGCUGACUUUAUUGAGCCUACUUAGGCUUUUCAAUUCUGCAUACGGAUAAUUGUUUAUGGAAUUUGAUAUUCAAAUCUUAGAGGGGAAAAUAGAUCAAGCCAAGUUCUUUAUUAAAUUUUUAUUUCCUUCAUUUCAAUAUCUUCUUACCUUAUGAUCUGCAUGACAUCCUUAGUUCCAAAUCAAUGGAUAGCUGCAACGAUUUUCUGAGAGGGAAUCUUAUUUUUUCUGCAAGGAUUUAGUGGGGAGUUGCUUAUCGAAUUUCAGAAGAAGAUGAGAAGACCGCACUGGAAGUAAGAUUGUCUACAUGAACGAUUUAAUUUCAAUGGACCACUUUUUUUUUUUUACUAGCUUUUUAGUUUCAUCUAUUAAUUUAAUUUAUCAUUUUUCUAUGCGCAUAUAGAGUGUCUCACGUUUUCUUUAUUUCUAUGCGUUUAUCCCUCUCUAUCUGUAUCUACCCCGCUGGCCCACAACAGCCUCCCCUUCCUACUUGGCCUUGAGUGGCUGCUAGGGGUGGGCUUCAUUAGGCCUGGUUCUUGGUCUGACUGUUCACACUCCUAGCCAUGCGUUGACUCUUUAGGGCAAAUCAUUCGUGAAGACCCAGAUGCCGGUCCGUAGUCAAUCACCAGCUCCCAUCUUCUUCUGACUGUCAACCUUCUGGUCUGUGCUGCAGUCUUUGGAAGUACGGGAGAAACAGUAUGACAUGAAAGUGUACCUAGAUUUCUUCACCGUAAGUUACUUAAAUCCUUCCAACUUGCUAGCUUAUUAGAUAUGUAUGAAAUAUAAUCCGGGCCAUAUUUAUUGCAUGUUGGUUUCAGGAUCCUGGUUCGGGGAGCCCUUCUGUCUCAGGAGUGAUGGUGUAAGUCCACCCGUUAACCUUCUUGGUUUUUUCCUGCUGCGGACUGAUCUUUGCUGUAGAUACGUAGCCUCUGCUGAUAAAUAUCUGAACAAGAACUACUUGGGACCAGCAUCGAUCGAAGAGAUGGCCAUGUAUGAACUUAUUUAUUUAUUUGUUUGUUUAUUUAUUUAUUUAUUUAUUUAUUUUUGUUCUAAAUCUCUGUGAUGGGCAGGCAAAUAGUCCGUGCCAGAGGCCCGUCGGGGCCCAACAGAGAAUACCUGUUCCAUCUGGAGGAUGCCCUCGCCGAGUUUGGUGGGUCCCCCACUAGGAUGGUCUCCGCCCAGGGGUUGACCCGUUCUUGCUGGUCUGACCAGCUUCAGAUUGGUGCAGGCUGUGAAGACACCCACGUGAGCGAUCUUGCAGGAGCUGUGAGGAGGAUCAUCAUGGAGACGGAGGCGGGAUUCUGCCUGGAGGAGGCCUCCAAUGGUCUGGUCAAGUAA